GCAGCCAUGCCGGAGCCGCGCGCGUCGUCGCCGUUGCGGGUGAACGCGGCCUUCGCGGCUCGCUACAAUCGCUACCGGGAGCGCGAAGAGCUGCAGCGGCUGAAGGACCGCUACGGGGACCGCGACGGCGACGACGACGGCGACUCCAGCUCCGAGAGUGGCUCCAGCGACGAGCGCGUGGAAUUUGACCCUCAGCAAGAGCGAGACUUUUAUAGGACACUGUCCUUGUUGAAGAAGAAGGACCCUCGCAUUUACCAGAAAGAUGCCACCUUCUACCACAGAAAAGAGUCAUCCUCAGAGAAUGAGGAGCCAUCAGCCUUUGAGAAGCCCAAGAAAGUGCGGCCCAUGUACUUGAAAGACUAUGAGAGGAAGGUCAUCUUGGAGAAAGAAGGCAAAUACAUUGAUGAGGAGAACUCAGAUGGGGAGACCUUUGAUCAGAGACUCAAGCAUACCUCGUCGCAAAGUUAUGUUGAAGAACAGAAACAACUGAAGGAAAGCUUCCGAGCAUUUGUGGAAGAUAGCAGUGGUGAGGACAGCGCUGAGGAAGGAGGCUCAGGGUUGCUGCAGAAACAUGUGAAAACCAGAGAGGAGAAGGUCCAGGAGGAGGCUGACUAUGUUGAGUGGCUGAAGGGACAGAAGGAUAUUCAGAACCCUGAGUCACUGAGGGAACUGGUGCACCUAAAGGAAUACUGGAGCAACCCAGAGCUGGAUGAGGGGGAGCAAUUCCUGCGGGACUACAUCCUCAACAAACGCUAUGAGGAGGAAUCCGAGGAGGAGGAAGGGGUACCCUGCCCUCCAGUCCAGCUAGCUGUGGAUGACUCCUCAGAUGAAGGGGAGCUAUUCUUGAAGAAACAGGAAGACUUUGAACACAAGUACAACUUCCGCUUCGAGGAACCAGACUCAGCCUUGGUCAAGACGUUUCCACGGAGCAUUGCCUCCUCCGUGCGUCGAAAGGAUGAGCGCAGGAAGGAGAAGCGGGAAGAGACUAGGGAGCGAAAGAAGAAGGAGAAGGCCAAGAAACAAGAGGAGCUUAAACAGCUGAAGAAUCUGAAGAGGAAGGAGAUUCUGGCCAAGCUGGAGAAGCUGCGGCAGGUCACCGGCAACGAGACGCUGGGUCUUGCAGAGCAGGACCUUGAGGGCGACUUUGACCCUGCCCAGCAUGACCAGCUCAUGCAGAAGUGCUUCGGAGAUGCGUUCUACGGUACUGCAGAGGAAGAGAAGCCCCAGUUUGAGGAAGAGGAAGGGCUUGAAGAUGAUUGGAACUGGGAUACAUGGGGCGGUCCAGAGCAGAAUGGAGCCUGGAGCCAGCAGGAGCCCCAUUGUGAGGACCCUGACUUUAAUAUGGACGCAGACUAUGAUCCCAGCCAGCGACAAAAGAAGAAGCGGGAAGCCCCCUCUUCAGGCAAGAAGAAGCGCAAGUCACCCUUUGCAGCUGCGGUGGGACAAGAGAAGCCUGUGUUUGACCCUGGGGACAAGACCUUUGAGGAAUACCUGGAUGAGUAUUACAGGCUGGACUAUGAGGAUAUCAUAGAUGACCUGCCCUGUCGCUUUAAGUACCGCACUGUGGUGCCCUGUGACUUUGGGCUCAGCACAGAGGAGAUCCUUGCUGCAGAUGAUAAGGAGUUGAACCGGUGGUGCUCCCUGAAGAAGACCUGCAUGUACAGGUCAGAGCAGGAAGAGCUGCAGGAGAAGCGGGCGUACACCCAGAAGGCCCAGAAUGCGUGGAAAAAAAGGCAGAUCUUCAAGUCACUUUGCCAGGAGGAGAUGGAGACACCCAAAGAAGCCACAGGAAAUCCACAAGAGGGUAAUGCCAGCCCCCAGGCACAGCUGCCAGGGCCUGAUGAAGCCCGUGGGAAGCAGCCCCGCCCUGAGAGUCCCCCUGCACAGGAAGAGGAGGCACCUACAGAGAAGCCAGCACCUCAGAGGCGGAAGAGGGGCAAGAAGGCAAGACUGCUGGGUCCCACAGUGACACUUGGUGGCCAUGAGUUCAGCCGACAAAGAUUACAGGCCUUUGGCCUCAAUCCCAAACGUCUGCACUUUCGCCAGCUGAGAUGGAGACAGAGAAAACAGCAGGGACGUAAGAGCUGUCCCUGAGGAACACAGCCAGUCAGGACCUACAGUGAAGCUGGUAGGACUGUCCUGCCAGUCUGUAUCAUCUGCCCACAGGCCUCUAUCAGAUGUAGAAACUGAAGCCACCCCUGAAAUGCUCAGCACACCCCAACCAUGUUCUUGUCCCAGCAUCUUUAUUAGCCCCAGCAGCCAGUUUUUCCAGGACAGGGUCUUUGGGAGCAGUGAGGAGCACAGCCAGUCCAGUGCAAGCUACAGUACUUCAAUCAGGCCCUGAGUGGAUGCCCGGGAAUCUGCCUGCCCACCCUGAGGAGGAUCACAGUGAUGCUGGCAGCCUGUGGGCUGGCCCCAGAUUGAGGCCUUAGACUGGUCUCUGCUCUGUGGGGUGUGAGGUCAGGAAAUCUACCUACAGAGUCCUACAUCCCAUAUCUAAGAUGACAUAAAUAAAAAAAUAAAUAGUUUCACAUCUUUUCCCCCA